AGGCUCCGUGGACGUGGAGAGCUUCAGUAUUACACAUUUAUAUAUAAACAGAGAGAGAGAGAGAAAGCGAGGGCUCUAGAUAGAAAGUUCAAGAUCGAAGUUUUGAGUGACAUUCUACCGAGAGGGGUACGAUAGUCAAUUUUUGGUUGCGGAGAUGAACGGGAGGCAGGGAGGGCAGAGAUCGGGUGCGGCGGGGGUGCAGGUGCACCACCAGAGGCAGUGGUCAUCCGAUAACUUCCUGGAGAGUUCGUCGAAUGGGAGAUGGCUUCAAUCGGCUGGACUCCAGCAUUUGCAACAGCCUAAUGCUUCAAUGCCUCCUCUUCAGGACUAUAAUUUCUAUGGCGGUGCUGGUGGUGGAGGUUCGAGAAUGUAUAGGACUGGGCAGAGGGGUUUUAAUGGAGGAAACGAGUUUUACACAGAGCCUUCAACACCACCAGUUAGCUCCCGGCCCUCAAACCAGAGGAAGAGUGGCGAGCAGUCACCAAAUGAGUUCAGUCCUGGGCUCUUGGAUCUGCAUUCUUUUGAUACUGAACUUCUUCCUGAGAUGCCAGUUACAGGCCUGUAUGAUGAUAACUCUCUAUAUAAUCCUGUCCGAGGGCGAAGCUUUGAUGACUCUGAACCAUAUAUGUUAAACAAUAAACAGACUGGUAGAGCUCGUGGUUUGCCAGAGAACAACCUCCUGAAAAGCUUUGCUGCGGACAAAGAGAAGGCUAGUUCUGUUGCAAAGAUCAAAGUUGUGGUGCGCAAGAGGCCUCUUAAUAAAAAGGAGUUGGCAAAGAAUGAGGAGGAUAUUAUUGAGACACUUUCUAAUACUAUAACAGUUCAUGAGACUAAACUUAAGGUUGACCUAACAGAAUAUGUUGAGAAGCAUGAAUUUGUUUUUGAUGCUGUGCUGAAUGAGGAGGUUUCAAAUGAUGAGGUAUAUCGUGAGACUGUGGAGCCUAUAGUUCCUAUUAUUUUUCAACGCACCAAAGCAACUUGCUUUGCAUAUGGGCAAACAGGAAGUGGAAAGACCUAUACUAUGAAACCAUUGCCCCUCAAAGCAUCACGAGACAUAUUGAGGUUGAUGCACCAUACUUAUCGGAACCAAGGAUUUCAGUUGUUUGUCAGCUUCUUUGAAAUAUAUGGAGGGAAAUUGUUUGAUCUCCUUAGUGAUCGGAAAAAACUUUGCAUGCGAGAGGAUGGUAAGCAGCAAGUUUGCAUUGUGGGUUUGCAAGAGUACAGGGUAUCAGAUGUAGAGAUGAUUAGGGAGCUCAUUGAGAGAGGUAAUUCCACUAGAAGUACGGGCACGACUGGUGCUAAUGAGGAAUCCUCCCGCUCACAUGCCAUCCUUCAGCUUGCCAUUAAGAGGUCAGUUGAUGGCAAUGAAUCAAAGCCUCCCCGUCUUGUUGGCAAACUUUCCUUUAUAGAUCUUGCUGGAAGUGAACGUGGUGCUGAUACUACAGAUAAUGACAGACAGACAAGAAUGGAAGGUGCCGAGAUUAACAAGAGUUUACUUGCAUUAAAGGAAUGCAUAAGGGCUCUUGACAAUGACCAGGGUCACAUUCCUUUCAGAGGCAGUAAAUUAACGGAGGUUCUGAGGGAUUCAUUUGUUGGCAAUUCUCGCACUGUCAUGAUAUCAUGCAUUUCACCAAGCUCAGGCUCUUGUGAACAUACGCUCAACACCUUAAGAUAUGCUGACAGGGUGAAGAGUCUUUCAAAAGGGAACAAUCCUAAAAAGGAUAUUUUGUCUUCAACUAUAAACCUCAAGGAAUCAACUACUGUGCCCUUAUCUUCAGUUUUACCAACUGCAUCUACCUAUGAGGAUGACACUGACGCUUGGCCUGAUCAAAAUGAAAGAGAUGAUUUUGAUGCAUCAGAAGAUUCCUAUGAACCUGAGAAACCAGUAUGGAAGAAAAAUGGAAAGUUAGAGCCAUUCAACCUCCCCACAGAAGACAAGUUACGAAAACCCAAUGUUCAGACAAAAUGGAAGGAGCAGCCAAAAUCUGGUUUCAAGAACUCAAAUUCUGAUGAUGAAUUGAAUGCCCUCCUACAGGAAGAAGAAGAUCUUGUAAAUGCUCAUCGGAAGCAAGUGGAGGACACAAUGAAUAUUGUUAAAGAGGAGAUGAAUCUAUUGGUUGAAGCAGAUCAACCAGGGAAUCAACUGGAUGAUUAUGUAGCUAGAUUGAAUGUCAUUCUUUCUCAGAAGGCUGCAGGCAUCAUGCAAUUACAAACCCGUUUAGCUCAGUUCCAGAGGCGGCUAAAAGAACACAACGUUUUAGUAUCGAGUUCUGGUUACUGAUUGAAUAUAGAGGUUCGGACAUAAGUCAGUAUUAUUAGCUUGGUACUCUUUUAUGAUGGCAAUAUAUCAUCGGCCCCAUUGUGCCGUUGCUCUUUCAGUUUUAUGAUUUUAAAGAGAGCAUUAUUUGAAGCUUGGUGUAUCAGAGGCAGCGUUUAGCUUGAUGAUUCACCAGUUAAAUUAUAUAUCUAUGGUAUGGUAUGGUAUGGUAAUUUUAUUAGAUUUGAGAUGAUGAGGAUCUUCAUACUGGAAUAAGAUCCUACCUCUCUUUCCCAUAAUACCCUUUACCGUUUCUCUUUAUUCUUUCUAAGUUACUGUUAUGAUAUGCAUUGGGAUUUGCAUGCUGUAACGGCAUGCUUUUGUAAAGUCAAGCAUUGUAAUUUGAUUCAUUAAUGGAAUAGUCAUUGUU